AUGACGGCUGUUCCCUUCUCCCUGUAUUUCUUCAUGCCGUCAAUGAGAAAUAACCUGAGCAGGAAGGGCUUUGAGAUUCAAGCACUGACCAGGAGUGGCAGGAUUGCGACAAGACAUAGAGGGGGCGGGGAGCGCGCCCUGAGCCCGGGGUUUCGGGGCGGGGUGGGGCGGGGCGGGGCUCGGACGCGCGGUGCAGGCGGGGAUCGGGGUGCAGGCGGGCGGGGAUCGGGGCGCAGCGCCCUCGCCUGGUGGGUGCGCGCGGGGCCGGCACCUCCCCGCCCUCCCGCCCAGGUGCCUCGGAGCGCACUGCUGGGCGCGCUCUCCCGGCUCCGGCGCCCGCGCCCGCGCCCGCGCUGUGCUCGGGCGGCGGCGGCGGCGGCGGCGGGCGGCAGGCGAGGGGCGCGGAGCUGCUCCGCGGCCGGCUCGCUGCAGAGGGCCCGGCGGACCGGCCAGGAGUCGCCGCGCUCAGCCGCCCGCCCGCCGCGCGCCCCACGCCGCCGAGGCGCUCGGGGACCAGUCGCGGGCGCGCACGGGCGGCCGGCGCGGCGGACCCUAGUCGGGCAGCGGCGCGUCCCCCUGGCCCCGGCCCCGCCGGCGGCUGCGGGGAGCUCGGGCCCGUGGCCCCUCCGCCUAAGUCUGGGAGCUCCCGGCCGCACUCUGCCGCUGCCCAUGGGGAUCCGAGAGUUUCCCGGCGGCUCACCCAGGGGCAAGAGCAUCGCCAUUGGCAUGAGGUCACCGGACGUCAGCCCCCGGAGAUUGUCCGACAUCAGCCCCCAGCUCCGGCAGCUCAAGUACUUGGUGGUGGACGAGGCGAUCAAGGAGGAUCUGAAAUGGUCCCGCUCCGUGGAGGACCUCACCAGCGGGCCUGCGGGGCUCACGUCCAUAGAGGAGCGGAUCCUGCGAAUCACCGGCUACUACGGCUACCAGCCCUGGGCGGCGAGCUACAAAAGUAAGACCCCUCACCUCCCCGCCCCCACGACGUUUCCCUGUCCCCCUGGUCAUCCCUGCCACUGUCAGGGCAGCCUGGGGAGCGCGCAGCCAAGGUCCAGCGCCCGCUUCCGCCUGCUGGCAGGCUUGCAACUUUGGUGAAGAGGCCAGGAGACAGUUCUCCAGUCCUUAGGGGCUUCGUGAUGCGUUCUCUUGCGUCCUUCGUGCUC